CCGUGGGUCACGGGCGCUCGCCUCCCGCCACAGCUCAGCCCAGCGCCGCCGAGGCCGUCGGCCCGGAGCCUCCGCCAUGGACUUCGAGGACGAUUACACACACUUUGCUUGCAGAAAUACUUAUCAGAGCUUUAAUGGAAUGGAUCGUGAUUAUGGCCCCGGAUCUUAUGGAGGGAUGGAUCGUGACUAUGGCCAUGGAUCCUGUGGGGGUCAAAGAUCCAUGGACUCCUACCUAAACCAGUCAUAUGGCAUGGACAGUCACAGUGGUGGUGGUGGGGGUAGCAGGUAAAUUGCUUCAUCACUUGGCCAAAUAAUUAGAUGACUGUAAGAUUCUGGAUAUUCUAAUUUCCUAUUCCUUAGGCAUGUGACGCUACUUGAACUUUGCUAUUUAGAAUCACCUUAAAUGUUGAAAGGUGUUAGUGGUUCUAAAAAUUAUCUUAGCAUCACUGGCAGACAUUAGGAAAAUCUCAGGAAAACCUUUAUCAUUUCAUUAUAAUAGAGUAAGAUUUUCUGUCUUUAGCAGUGAGCA